CUAAACGCGCGGCUGUGCAGCCAAUGCAGAGGGUGGGCUAUCUCCCGCGCGCGACACUCCGAGUUUCCCUCGAUGGCGCCCGCGGCCGCCGCAGCAGUCGCAGCGGCUCGCCCUUCUUUCCCCCGCGCGUCGUCCCAGCGGGGCCGUGCCUGCUCGCUACGGUGCGCCGCGCCGAGCUCACGCACCGCCACACGUUUGUCCUCUCCGUGUGAUACUAGUAGCUCGCGUUCUCCGCUCUAUGACGUGACGAUUUCAGUUCCCAUACAGAAAUCCUGCUGCGCCGGCCAUCCCCGGAGUCAGCAGCGGCAGGGACGACGACCGCGCUGCAGCCAGAGCGAGGUGGCGAGCGGCAGCGCCGUCGACGACGACGAGGCGUGCGAUCUGGUGAGCGGCGCUGACCUCGUCAUCGGCGAGGGCGAGGACAGCUUCCGCGCGUACCUCCUCAAGGCCGUCAAGGACAACAACGGCACUGGCGUCCUCCUCCUCUCCGACAUCUUCGGCUUCGAGGAGUCCGCCACCCGGGACUUCGCCUACCGCGUCGCCUGCAACGGCUACAAUGUCCUGGUGCCGGACCUGUUCCGCGGGAACCCGUGGAAGCUGAGCCUCCCGUUCGACGAAGGCUUCGAGCGGUGGCUGGCCGGGCAAUCUCCGGGGCGGGUGUCGGGCGACAUCGACGCGUGCACGAGGUGGCUGGUGGACGAGUUCACUGCGGCAGGGGUGUCCAGGAAGCUGAGCGUGGUCGGGUUCUGCUACGGCGGCGGGCGCCUCGUGGAGACGCUGGCGCGCGACGGCGACGCCUGCUUCAGCGCGGGCGUCUGCUUCUACGGGUCCGGGAUGGAUGCGUGCCUGGGGGACCGGAUCGCCGCGCCCGUGCUGUUCGUGUGCGGCGACGGGGACCCGCUCUGCCCCGUGGAGACGGUUCGGGAUCUGGAGAGGCGCGCGAAGGGUGCCAAAGCCGCCGUGUACGCCGGCAGGGGCCACGGGUUCGCGCACCGGCCGCAGUCGCUGGAGGACGACGCCGACGCCGAGGACGCGUUCAACGCGAUGCGAGGGUGGCUGCACGACCACCUACUCGCCUGACCAGCCGGCGUGUCUGUCGAUUGUUAACGUACGUGCCAACUGGUAAUGUGCAUAGGUCCGUUUGUUUAUCAGUGGCAGAGCAGGAUUACGGUGCAGGAUAUUCAGCGAAAUUCCAAUGGUAAAUGCGAAAAAUUGUAUUUGCGCGCACAUCUGUCUGGGUGAUUCUGAAACUGUUGAGUCUUGAGGGCAUGAACUCUACUACUCUAGUGCUUGAUGUAGCUAUUCAGACUUGCCCA